GUGGGUGGAAAGUCGCUGACUGGGUUUGGCGUUUCGGGCAAUGUCGGGGCUGGGGGACUAAGAGCUGACGCCGAGACACUUGAAUUAGCUUUAGCAGAAGAGAAAUGGAGGAGCCAUAGAACAUUAAGGAUGAAUUCAGGAAGGCCUGAGACCAUGGAAAACUUGCCUGCUCUCUACACUAUUUUCCAAGGAGAGGUUGCUAUGGUGACAGACUAUGGAGCCUUUAUCAAAAUCCCAGGCUGUCGGAAGCAAGGUCUGGUCCAUCGAACUCACAUGUCAUCCUGUCGGGUGGAUAAACCCUCUGAGAUAGUAGAUGUCGGAGACAAAGUGUGGGUGAAGCUUAUUGGCCGAGAGAUGAAAAAUGAUAGGAUAAAAGUAUCCCUCUCCAUGAAAGUUGUCAACCAAGGGACUGGGAAAGACCUUGAUCCCAACAACGUUAUCAUUGAGCAAGAAGAGAGGCGGAGGCGGUCCUUCCAGGAUUACACUGGGCAGAAGAUAACCCUUGAGGCCGUCCUGAACACUACUUGCAAGAAGUGUGGCUGUAAAGGCCACUUUGCAAAAGAUUGUUUCAUGCAACCAGGUGGGACCAAAUACUCUCUGAUACCUGAUGAGGAAGAGGAGAAGGAAGAGGCAAAGUCAGCAGAGUUUGAGAAGCCUGACCCCACGAGGAAUUCUAGAAAAAGAAAGAAGGAAAAGAAGAAAAAGAAACACAGAGAUAGGAAGUCAUCUGACUCUGAGAGCUCAGACUCUGAGAGUGAUACAGGCAAGAAGGCGAGGCACACAUCAAAAGACAGCAAGGCAGCAAAGAAGAAGAAGAAGAAGAAGAAGCACAAGAAGAAGCACAAGGAGUGAGAGUAGGAAGAGGAGAGGGGGUGGUUGAGAGUAAGGAAACAGGAGCCUUGUGCCCUAAAGCCCUGGCUCUGGAAAGACUCAGUAGUGAGAACAUGGCCUCCCACCCCACUGACUUCGCUCCCAUGGGAGAUGGCUUCCCCUCAUGCAGCAGGCAGGUUUGGAAAUUAGAGGUCAAAAGCAGCUGCCUGAUUGAGUUUUCCUUAUUACUCCUGGUCCCUUUGCAAGUGAACCCUGCAGCUCACCCAUUCAUUCACUCAACUUCCUUCAUUCAGCAGGAGUUCCUAUUACCCUCUCCAGCUGCCACUGCCAGAGCCAGAUUCCUGUACAGGAGUCCAGGCUAGAGCCACAGGUACUGCUGUGGAGCUGAGUCUGGCUAUUGUUGGAGAACAGAGUGAUUGGCACCUUACUGUUGGUCUGUCCUGGGUCAAUUGGGUGGUCUCUGCUGCAUCUAACCCCGGGUGCAAAGGAAGACUGGCAGUUAAGAGGGAGGACAACAUGGUACAAAGUGGUACUCACUUUUUCCAUUCCCCCUCACAUAGUUCUGUGCUAGAACUGACAGCCAAUGGCCACAGCCAGAAAGGAUUUGCAGUGUGACUUAGCUUGUGUAUGACAUUCCUGCAGACCACUGAACCAGAUAGCUGAAGCCAAUAUCAUUGUUCUGUUUUGUAUUUACUACUGUGAGUCAUUUGGUUCCACUUCAGGUCUCUGCUUAAAUUCCUGGCACUAAAUGGAAGUGUGUUUGGUUUUAAACUUACUGAAAGUUUUUUUCUAAUAUGAAGGCAUACGUUUUAUUUUAACACGCUCGGGAGGGGCAAUGCAUAGGGGAAUUGCAAGAGUAAUUUUCCCUGAAGGUUCUUAUUCCUAUAAUCCUUCUUCCUGGGUAACUUACAGACUUAGUCACUGAGCCUGCAUUAGUUGACAGAAAACCAUUUAAUAUGUUACUUUAGACCUUGGAGAGAAGCCCAGCUGAGGUACAGAGCCAGUCCCAGCCUUCUUGGGAGAUUAAUAAUAAGCCCUCCCUUCUGUAAUGACAGAUGAAUUACCUCUUCCCCAAAGUCCGUUAGAGAACCAGUAAGAAUUUGUAACCACGAGUACUGGCUUGAUGCAUAGCUGUGAGUUCAGCAAUCAUCUUGGCCAGUGGCCAUUUUCUUCCACUACCAUGGCACAAGACUGGAUCCUGUGUCCUGAGCCUGCAUUCUGGAAAGGGAGAGUCCACAGCAUUUCACAGAGAAGAGGCAGACCCAAGAGUAUUCAGUGCAGGAUAGGCCUGAGAUGACAGUUCAGUAGCCAAGUCUGGGGAAGCCCCAGCACUGACUGGAAUAGCUCAUUUGACCAUGAGGGCAGUGUAAAGGCAAGGUGUAGAUACAGCUGUUUUAUUAUUGAAUGUGUAUAAUGUGAUCGGCCAGUGCUUCUUCCAUAGUAACCUUCAGGCAGUCAUCUCAGCCCACUGUCUAACACACAUAGGAAACCUGUUAUAUCACCAAAGUCAAAGAGGCAACUGGGUGUCCUUGGCUCUGCUUUAUUAACCUCAGCACCCUUUGGAUGCACUUAAAAAGAAACAAACCAGAUACUCAAUGGGAACUGGAUCUGGAUCCAGGCUGGUGGCACCUGACCCCAGAAGAAUUCCUCAGCCAAGAUGAAUUUAUACAAAAUGCCAGAGGAAAAAAAUGAGGCAAUGUGGUACUGAGUCGAGGGGUAGCCGAUUGGCGGAGGAGCAGUCAAUGAUGGCACAGGCAGGUCAUGCCUCUUUCUCAUAAGUGCGAGUGCUAACUGCACUGCCGUGGGUGAGUGUCUGAAAGAAAAGACAGAGUCAGGAGGGGGUGGACCAAGGAAGGCAGUUGCGGGCACUCUCCACGCCCUUCAUCCUGGUAAUUAUCACUUAAGUACCUACUAUGUGCCAGGCAUUUCACGUUUUUUCUUUCUGAUAGGUAUGGCAAGUCUUUAGGUAGGCAUUAUUAUUCCUAUUUUAGAUAUUUGGAAAAACGAUCUUUGAGAGAGGAAGUAAUUUGGUCAAGAUCCUAUUGUUUCUCUUUCCCCUGAAGCAAUCAGUUUCCUUCAUUUUUAGUGCCUAAGGUGGUGCCUGGCAUAUACUAGACAAAUAGGUGAAUAAAAAUGUCCAGAAACUCUUGAGAAAGGACUGUGUUAGGCCACCAGUUCUCCAUCCCGUCCCUAACUUAGGGUAUAGCACCAGGGCCUGAACCCUGAACCCCCUCCAUCCAGCCUGGCAUCAUAGAACCACCAGGCCCAUGGCUUCACCAUAGUCCAAUUGCCCACUAAGAAUUUGGUUCUGCGUAUCACAUCCCCAAAGCUAGGCACCUCAUUCCUACCUCCAAGUGAGUGCAAGAAUGCAGUUUGUAGGUUACAAUGACCCAGAAGGUCUGUAGCAAAGGUGCCAAGGUGAAAGUCCCUACAAGGUUAGGAGGCAGAAACCACAGGUAAUUUGCUCUCUGUCCCUGGGUCUUGGGGAAGUUCAGUCAAAGCUAUGUUCUCCAAGUGAAGUCUUCAAGUUUGUCCCUGAACAGAUCUGCUGGCCUGGUUGUGUUACUUCCUACCCAGGCAGUACGUACUUGCAGAAGGCCAGACAUACAGAGUACUGAAGAGGUGGACUGGAAUGGGCAAGAAAGGACUGAGCUGUCAGUCAGUGCCCCCACCAGCCACCAGCCUUCCCUGCAUGUGGCAAUGCAGUCCUGGGAAAGAGAGGGAAGGGAACACUGUGAUGAGAGAUGGGAGCCUCUCCUAGAGGGCCUGGGAUCAGAUUUGGCCCUCAUGCUUUUUACCUUUUCCUGGGGCGAGGUAAAGCGGAAACACAGAAGGAGGAAACUAAGGAUAUGGAGCAACCUGCUGUAUUCCUCCCACCUCAAUGAUACAGUGAUGCUUUGUGCUAUGUGUACACUCUUUCAGACUUCCCAGCAGCCCUACAGGGUUGGUUAUUAAUACCCAUUUUAGGGCUGGUCAGUUGGAACAUGGUGCUGAUAACACCAAGGUCAGCCACAGGAAAAAAAAACAUGUUUACACUUGCACUUGAAGUGACUUGUCCAAAGUCAUGCAGCCCGUAACCUGAGAUUGAACCUAGGCCUGUGUGAAUCCAGAGCAACUACAGAGAAAAAAUUCCCACCUAAUACCAACCCAACCCCAAUAUCACCUCUCUUGUCCCAGCUUCUGUGGUUCUCAGGGGAGAACCUUGGCUUUUUAAUAAAACAAGCUUGACCGAA